AGUCCUAGUUUCCACAUCCACAGGUAUGCUCCUCAGAUAGCAGCCAUAUGUUUUCCUGCAUCUCUGCUCGAAUGCACGUGCGAGCACGAAUCGUGCGCACUUAGGACACCCUCGCAGCGAGUGGCUGAUACGACGCAGUUUUAGAGUCUCCCUUUUGAGCGGACCCGAUAAUUAUCCCACUGAAUUGCCUAAACAAUCAAACAUCUACAGCUUCUAUCGCCCCAUUAGGACAUCAGUUGACGGUGUUAAUUGAUUUGUUAUUCUAACGAAAGGUUUCGAAUUUUUCAAUUAAUUUCGCAUAAGAUGGCUAGGCCGUGUGCCAGUUGAGUCUACUCGACUUCAAAAGAUAAGAUGCCGAAGCCACGUGUACGGUCCAGCCCUGCUGUGAAGGGCAAAGCCCUAUCAACACCACCAUAGGAUGACUUAGUCGCGUGUCAUUGGAGUCGAGGCACCUCAAUAAUCGUCUCAAGGAGAUAAGAUGCCGAAGCCACGUGUUUGGUCCAGCCCUGCUGUGAAGGGCAAGCCUUAUCCUUUACCCAAGAAACGCCGGCCGUUAAAACGUCUCUUACCUCUCCUCCUAAUCGCCGUAGUCCUCGCCACGUGUUACUGCUACAGCCUUCUAUCCUCCUCCGAACCGCCCGACUCUGACCAAUCGGAACGCUCCGUUUCCAGUGGCCUAGCCCGGGACCGAAGCCGUGUCCGCGGCUCGGGUAAUGGGGAGAUUAAAGACAUACGUAAUGUACCCGAGACGCUCGACGGUGAGUGGUCCGGUUAUGGUCUAGGUGACCGCCGAUUAGAAACCGCCGGGGCGAAUGCGACCCAUGGCAGCAGCAGCAGCGCACUCAGCGGCGUGAUCGGCGGCGUGACAUCCGCCGGGAUUGGCGGCGUGACGAUUGCCACGCGGCGCGUUCGUCUCCAAGGCGGGUGGAAGGAGCGGCGGCAGCGAACCAGGGCUUUAAGGGUUCAGCUGGAGGCGCGGCAACAGGCGGAAGCGGAAUGGGGGGAGGGGGAGGGGGAGGAGGAGGGGGAACGGGCGGGGGAACGGGAGGCGGGGCGCGGGGACGGGAUGGGGGAAGGGAGGGGAGGGCGAGGGGGAAGGGGAGCAGCGGAAGGGGGAGGGGAAGCGGGGAGAGGCGGUUCGCUGGGCGCGCUUCGUUCGGGGAUGGCGAGAUCAAGAUUUGCUUACGUCUUCAUCGUUCAUUCGUCUAGCCUGCUACGUCCCGCCAUAGUGGCCGCUCAGACCCUGCGGUUUUCCAGCACCCCACAUGACAUCCUCCUCCUCCUCUCCUCCUCCAUGCACCGCCAGCCCUCCACCCUGCCGCUCCCCCUCCUCCUCCGCCACUUCACAGCCGUCAUCCCGCUCCCGGCCAAUCACCUUCAAGGCGCCGCGAUCGCAGCCAAUCCGCUGCUAGCAGGCCCGGGCGGUGGAAGUCUGGGCGGAAGCGAUUCGGAUGGUGCCGGUUUGGGCGGCAGAGGGGAGGUAGCCAAUCAGGGUGCAGGGACGGCAGGGAUGGCAGGGGCGGCGUCGCCUGUGGAAGGUUACAGGAAGCUUCAUGUGUGGCGGUUGGUGGAGUAUGAGUGGGUGCUGUAUCUUGACGUGGAUGUGCUUAUAAUGAGGAAUAUGGAUCAUCUAUUUCCUCGUAACGCUGACGAGGGUAGCAGCACUGGCAGCAGGAGCAGCAGCAGUAGCACUGGUACUGGCAGCAGCAGAGGAAACAAGGGAGCAGGCAGAGUUGAUCCUUCACCAAAUACUACCUCCUCAGCAGGCACAGCUGGCCCUGCACCAGAUACCACCUCCCCCUACAGGCAGCCGUGCCCCGAGCCUCUAGCCGCCGCACCUGAUGUGUACGAGGCUGACCGCUUCAACGCGGGCCUGCUGCUGGUUCGGCCGAGCCUCAAGGUGUUCCGGCAGAUCGUGAGGCGGGCCAAUGUGGUGGCUGCUGCCGUGGCUGCUCGCGCUGGUGCCAUGCCAAACGACCAGGACUUUCUGAACUCUGUGUUCCGCCACUGGUACAAGUCCCACCCUUCCUGCCGCCUCCCUUUCAGCACCAACACCAUCCUCCACUUCCCCCUCCCCUGGUACCAACCUCCCCCCUGGCUGCACCCCCCCUGCGGGCCUGACUGCGCCCCUCUGCACCUAGGGCCCGUUCACACUGUCCACUUCGCCAACCCCUGGUUCAAACCCUGGCUUUUUCUGAACACGCCCUUGGACCAGUUUAGUCAUGCAACCCAGGAGCUUGGUUCGAACGGUCCUGAGAAGGGGGUUGCUGGAGGGUUGAAUGUUCCGGGCAGCGGUGCUGGCGGUGGUGAUGCUGCUGCUGCUGCUGCUGCUGCUGCUGGUAGUAGUGCUGCUGCCUCUACCUCUUCCUCUUGUGCCUGUGGUUGUGACACGCAGGAGAAGAAGCCCCAUCUCUCAUCCCUCCUCGCUGGGCCUCUCCCGUACCUGUCGGAGGUCGACCGAACCUGGGGCUUCUGCUCGGUGUGGUGCCGAGCCUGGCUCGCCCUGUACUGGUCCCUGCAGCAGGGGGAGUGGGCGGUGCCCCUGGGGUUGGGGGAGCACUGUGGGGGACGGGGGCAGGGGGAAGCAGGGGAUACGGGGAAGGGGAGGCCAGCAGGCGGAACAGGGGGGGGGAAGGGCGAGGGUAAGGGGCGGUUUGGGAGAAGUUUAAAGGGGAGGGAAGAAGGGGAAGGAGUGGCAAAGGAGGGAGACGUGCCAAUGGGAAAGGGGGGAGCAGUAAACACGAGCACCGAGGCUCUCCCUGCCGCACCACCUCCCAUUCCCUCGUCCGCUCCCCUACCCACCUCUCUUCCCUCGCCUGAUGUGUCAAAAGCUUCACCCUCUAUUCACCUGCCUUCCUCCCCUCCUCCCCCUCUCACAUCCCCUCCUCCCCCUCCCUCCCCUUCUCCCCUCACUUCCCGUGUGUGUUCCUGGAGGGAUGUGGCACAGCUGCCAUGGGUCGGCCUUAUCCCCGAGCUCCACCUGGAUAUGACCCUCUUUUUGAAGUCUUCCCCCUCUUCCCUUUCAUCCUCCUCUUCCUCCUCCUCCUCCUCCUCGUCCUCUGCGUCCUCCUCUCCCUCCUCUCCCUCUCCCUGCCCCCCCCCUCACCUCCCCCAGUGGCUCUGGUUUCCGGCCUCCCUCCCCCCCUCCCUCCCUCUCUCCUCCUCUGCUGAACUUAUGGAUGAUCCGCCGCUGCUGCAGCAGCAGCAACUGCAGCAGCAGCAGCAGCAGAAUCAGCAGCAGCAGCAGAAGAAUUGGCACCAGCAGCAGCAGCCGCAAGGGCACAAGCAGCAGAAGUUGCACGGUAACCGUGCUAAGCACAAGGCAAGAACAGGGGGCAGCUCCAGAUCUCUAGCCUCCUCCUCCGCUCUCGAUACCUUCUUUGAACCUCUCAAGUCCUCCUUUACCAAUUCAGUGACAGGCAGCAAGGAAUCGGUGAAAGGCAGCAAGGAAUCGGUGAAAGGCAGCAAGGAAUCGUCAGCAGUAGUGGCAGGUGGGCAAGCCGACAGAAGAACAGGGGACCGCUCCAGAUCUCUAGCCUCCUCCUCCGCUCUCGAUACCUUCUUCGAUCCUCUCGAGUCCUCCUUUUCCUCCUCUUCCGUUUUGGUGAAAGGCAACUCUGAAUUAUCAUCAUCAUCAUCAUCAUCAUCAUCAUCACCAGCAGCAGCAACAACAGCAGCAACAGCAGCAGCAGCAGCAGGUGGGCAGGCCAAGCCUCGAACAGGCAGAUCUCUGGCCUCCACCUCCGCUCUUGAUACCUUCUUCGAUCCCCUCGAGUCCUCCUUUUCCUCCUCUUCUUCCUCCACACCUGUAAACAAGAGCAAUGAUGUGGUAGUAGCAGCAGCAGCAGCUGCAGCCACAGCCACGUCAGGGAUGGUUACACAUGGUUACAAGGGCAAAAGAUCGACUACAGGAUUGCACGCUGUCUCGGGAUUGGCUGGCUACGGCACUGAGGAAACUUCCGAGAAGCUUGAGAGUUACGAGCAGCAAGAGCAGAGGCAGAGGGAGGAGGGAGUGUUUGCUACAGUGCUGACGUCAGCAGCUGACAUCAUCCCCGUGGCUGUGUGGAUCCGAUCCUUUCACCGCCAUCAUUGCGGGCGAGCAGAUGAGACAAAUGUCACCACUGGCGGUGGAGGUACCGCCAUGGGCAUAAGGCAGCAUAGCAAGCCGCAGAAGAGGGGCGGAUGGGGUAGAGGGAGGAAAGAGAGAAGUAAGAAGGUGGGUGGAGGAGGAGGGAGAGGAGAGGAGGGGAGUGGGGCAGAGGGGAUGGGAGGGAGGAGGGUGAUUAAGGGCGGCAGAUCUGGUGUGGAUAAGGACAAGUGUCGCCGCACGCUUCUGCUGGUGUCGUCUGCAGUGCCCAAGGAGAAAUGGGCGGCUUAUGAGUUUGAGUCGCUCUUCUGGUCUGUGCGCGUUGUCGACCCCGUCUCUGUUCGCCGCCCACCCGCUCGUGCCGCCCGUCCACUGCCGCCCGAUUUCACGAUUCUGAGGCUGUGGCAGCAGACCGACGUCCCAGUGAUUGCCUACGUUCACCCGCUCUCUCUCUUCUGGCGCUCCUGCCUCGACCUCUUCUCCCACCGCCCCUUCGCUGCAGCUCCCCUCUCCCUGCCCCCUGAUCGCUUCUCCACCUCCACUCUCCUCCUGGCUCCCUCGGACCAGCUCUUCCAGGCCUUCACGAAUCGCCUAUUGUCGCCACUCUUCCCCGCCACAUCCGUCAACCACUUCUUAAACGCCGCUUAUUCCUCGUGGUUCACAUCCCCCCCGGCCCACCGGCUCCCCCUGUCAUAUGCCACUCCCCUCGCCUUAAAGCCCUACACCCUACCGUUCCUUGCUCCGUUCCAUAUAAUCACAUUCGAUGGCGUUGUGCCGCCAUACGGCAACAUGGCGACGUGGAGAGGCCAACCGAGGUUCCGGGUCGUCCUGGUGUGGAGGAGGAUCUUUUGCGGCUUGCCAGCGGAACUGCGUACCUCCAAGCUCAGAAAGCUUUGCAAAUGACCACUUUGAUUUGAUGUAUGUGUGCUAAAUGUUGCGUAUUAUUCAAAGAACUGCAGUUCGCUUGCGUCAAUUAUGCUUUUUGAGUGCAUGCGCUCCGAAACCGAGAUACGAGUAGUCUUAACGUAGAAUUGGAUGUCGAGAGAAAACAGUACAAGGGUAUAAGCCUAAGUGUUGUACCCUUA